AUUAAAGAUGCAGAGACUUUUCGAAGCAAGUGCAGGUGUUGCGCUGUAGCCCCGCCCACCCCGGAAGAUCCCAUUAAGGGUGUUUUUAUUUUUUAAGGUGACGUGGAUUCGCUGUGCGCCGCUGCUGAUCUCGACCUUUCGGCUGUUUCAUCGCCUAAAAGCAAAGAUCGGAUAUAUUCAAUCUCUCCAGCAAUGUCCGGAUAUGAUAUUACACAUACGGGAGUGCUAGUGACUGGAUUUUGAAAAGAAAAAAGCGAUUCUGAGGAAUCCGAGGAAGCAUCUGAAACAGGUGUUGUCAUGACAGCAAGACUGGAAUGCUCAGGCCUGCGUGUCGCUGGUCGAUCCAUGAGGCUCUGUGUGCUGAUUCUGUGCUUGCUGCCUCACUUUGGCUGGGCAGUCAGUUACAAACCAGGUGAUCCGGUGAUCUUGUACGUUAACAAAGUUGGUCCGUAUCACAACCCCCAGGAAACCUAUCACUAUUACACCUUGCCAGUCUGUAGACCUAAAGAGGUCCAUCAUAAAGCCUUGAGUCUGGGAGAGGUGUUGGAUGGAGACCGUAUGGCUGAAUCGCUUUACAACAUCCACUUCAAGGAAAACACUGAGAGACAGACAUUAUGCAAGCUCACUCUCUCUGAGAAAGAGGUGGAUCAGUUGCGAGAGGCGAUCGAGGAGCUGUAUUACUUCGAGUUUGUUCUAGAUGACAUUCCCAUCUGGGGUUUUGUUGGAUACAUGGAAGAGAGUGGAUUCCUGCCUCACAGCCACAAGGUGGGGUUGUGGACACACUUGGACUUUAAUAUAGAGUACAACGGCGACUCUGUGAUCUUCGCCAAUGUGUCCGUGAAGGACGUGAAGCCGGAACCAUUAGAGGAAGGUGGGGGAGGGACAGGCCAUGGUGUCGGCAGCGGUGGUCUGAUGGUUACUCACACCUACAGUGUCCGCUGGUUUGAGAGUACAUUGCCCCAUUCACGCAGGGCGGAGCGCCUUAGAGACUAUUCCUUCUUUCCUAAGACUCUGGAAAUCCACUGGCUCUCCAUCAUCAACUCACUAGUGCUGGUGGUGCUGCUGCUGGGCUUCGUCAUCAUCAUCCUCAUGAGGGUGCUGAAGAAUGACUUCGCCAGGUAUAAUGUGGAGGAAGAUGGCGGCUGUGAUGACCUGGAUCAGGGGGAUAACGGAUGGAAAAUCAUCCACACGGAUGUCUUUCGCUUCCCGCCGUAUAAGAGCCUCCUGUGUGCCGUGUUAGGGGUCGGGGCGCAGUUUCUGACUCUGGCCACAGGAAUCAUUGUCAUGGCACUGCUGGGGAUGUUUAACGUCCAUCGUCAUGGUGCCAUAAACUCGGCAGCGAUUGUAUUGUAUGCUCUGACCAGUUGUGUGUCAGGUUACUGUUCCUGCAGCUUCUACACACAGAUUCAGGGCCAGCGCUGGGUCUGGAAUAUUAUCCUCACCUCCGCGCUCUUCUCUGCCCCUCUCUUUUUCACCUGGAGUGUGGUGAACUCUGUUCAUUGGUGGAGUGGAUCGACUCAGGCCCUGCCUGCCACCACUGUACUUCUACUGCUUGGUGCCUGGGUGCUAGUGGGUUUCCCUCUCACCGUUAUUGGUGGAAUCGUUGGAAAGAACAGAGCAGGCAACUUCCAGGCCCCGUGUCGCACACGUAACAUACCUCGGCAGAUCCCCCGGCAGCCCUGGUACAAACACACGGCCGUGCACAUGGCCAUCGGAGGCUUCCUCCCUUUCAGUGCCAUCUCAGUAGAACUGUACUACAUCUUUGCCACCGCAUGGGGUCGUGAACACUACACACUCUACGGCAUCCUGUUGUGCGUGUUUGCCAUCCUGCUCUCAGUGGGCGCCUGCAUCUCUGUGGCCCUCACCUACUUCCUGCUCUCAGGCGAGGAUUACCGCUGGUGGUGGAGAAGUGUUCUUAGCACGGGCUCCACUGGCAUCUUUAUAUUUGUUUACUCUCUCUUCUACUACCACAAUCGCUCCAACAUGAGCGGCCUUGUACAGAGCGUCGAAUUCUUCGGAUAUUCCUUGCUCACUGCAUUUGUUUUCUCGCUCAUGCUGGGAACGGUCUCCUUCUGGGCUUCUCUGGCUUUCAUUCGUUACAUCUACCGUAGCCUUAAGAUGGACUGAGUUUGUUUCCUGUCAAGCUGGGGCCCCUCAGAUGGGGAAGAGACUCAUGGACCAGGUCCUCAUGGAACCCUGCAUGUGCAGGUUUUGUGUUGCUGAAGUAUCAAACUAUCAAAGCUGUUUCUGAUGCCAAUCUUAAAAGGAAUAGGGAACAGACAAUGUGACUGACUAAAGACUAAUUUAAUAUUUUAUUUUGCUCACAAACACCCUGAUACUUAAUUCACAUAGGUAUAUAUAUAUAUAUAUAUAUAUAUAUAUAUAUAUAUAUAUAUAUAUAUAUAUAUAUAUAUACACACACACAUAUAUAUAUAUAUAUAUAUAUAUAUAUAUAUAUAUAUAUAUAUAUAUAUAUAUAUACAUAUAUAGUUGCUAGAUUAUAUGCACAUCAAAUACAGAUGUAUUUGAGAGUCAUUUUGGAUCGUUUGUGCUGAAUGGGAAAGCUUUUCAUACUUCAAAUGUUUGCUUACCAAGUAUCAAAGACUUGAAAGUUCUGUUUUGGAUUUUGUUAAUGUAGUGAAUAUGACUAAAAUUAUUAAAUGUCAGUCUCAAAACAUAAGGGGAAUGAAUCAGAGGCCUUCAUACUUAUCUAUUGUUUCAUAAGACCAUUGAGGAAAUAAAGCACUUAUAUGUACUGUAGGUGGGUUUACUUGAUGAUUAUAGGUGGAUGUUGGUUAUAUGGAAGGAUGUGUCAUAAUGUUUUCACAGGGUGCAGUAUACACAUUUUGACAAAAAGACUAGUUUUGGAAGGAAGGCUUAACACAAGCAAGUUGAAGAAAUGAAGAAUUGAAUAUGGAAGCAAUACCAUGCUCUAAAGUCGCCAUCAACUGUGAUCUGUUGAAAUGUAAAUAUACUGUUUUCAAUAAAUUCACUUUUAUUACGGUAAGAGAAAUAAAUGUGGGUGAAAUUC